UAAUCUUACAGGCUUUUCCAAGAAUAAUUUUCAGUUUCUCAACUCCAAAUACUUGAUCAAAAUUACUCCUUUUGCUAAGAAGAGAAAAUGGCUUUCGUUGGAGAGGCUUUGCUCUCCGGUUCCAUCCAGGUGCUGUGCGACAAGAUUGCCUCCGGAGAGUUCAUAGACUUCUUCCGGGCAAGAAGACUCGACUAUUCACUCCUGGACACACUGAAGAUGAAGUUGGUGAAUCUCCGUGCAGUGCUCAACGACGCAGAGGAGAAGCAGAUUGUCAACCCCGACGUCGGGAAGUGGCUUGAUGAGCUCAAACAUGCUGUGUUCGAGGCCGAGGACUUGGUGGAUGAGAUCGAUACUGAAGUUUCGCGUCGCAAGGCGAAAGAUCAGACUAAGAAAACCCAGGUGUGGAACUUCCUUUCUACCUGUCGUAAACCUUUUAAUUAUAAAGGCAUGAAUGGUAGGAUAGAAGUUUUAUUCAAGAAGUUGGAACACCUUGCAAAUCAAAAAGAUAUCCUCCGUCUUAGAGAAGAUGUUGUUGGAGGCAAUGUUUCACAAAGAACUCCCACAACUUCUGUUGUUGAGGGCGGAUUUUAUACCUAUGGUAGGGAUGGAGAUAAAGACAAGUUAAAAGAUCUACUGCUGCUAUCUGACAAUGAAAGUAGCAGUAAUUUUUCUGUAGUCCCUAUAGUCGGUAUGGGCGGGGUUGGUAAGACAACUCUUGCUCAACUCCUUUUCAACGAUGAACGAGUUAAAAAGCACUUUGACACUCAUGCUUGGGUUUGUGUUUCCGAACAGUAUGAGGCUUUGAGGGUGAUUAAGGUCCUUAUUGAGGAAAUCACUAAAAAGCCUUGUGACAAUUUGGAAAUGAAUUCCCUUGAAGUUCAACUAAGGGAACAACUGAGUGGAAAGAGAUUUUUACUUGUCUUGGAUGACCUUUGGAAUGAAAACUAUGAUGACUGGGAGCGUCUACGAAUUCUUUUCACGUAUGGGGCAAAGGGAAGCAAAGUCAUUGUAACAACAAGGAGCAGACGUGUUGCAGCCAUCGUGCACAAUACUAUUCCUAUUCACGAUUUAAAAGAAUUGUCGGAUGAAGACUGUUGGUCGUUACUGGAAAAACAUGCAUUUAGAAAUGAAAACCCCGGUGCACAUCCAGACUUGGUUGAAAUUGGUAAGCAAAUUGCAUGUAAGUGCAACGGUUUGCCUCUAGCUGCAAAAACGCUAGGGGGUCUCUUAAGUUGCAACCUAGACUACAAGGAGUGGAAUCACAUAUUGGAUAGUAAUCUAUGGGAUCUGCCACACCCUAAUAGUCUUCUUCCUUCUCUAAGAUUGAGUUACCAUUAUCUUCCGGCUUACUUGAAACGAUGCUUUGCUUAUUGCUCAAUUUUUCCAAAGGACUAUGAGUUUGAAAAGGAAAAUGCUAUUCUACUAUGGGUGGCAGAAGGUUUAAUUCCACAAUUAGAGAGCAAGAAAGCAAUGGAGGAGGUUGGUGAAAGGUACUUUAAUGAACUGUUAUCGCGUUCACUAUUUCAAAGACCAAGAUUGGAUAAACCAAGUUUCACUAUGCAUGAUCUUAUUAAUGACUUGGCUAUGUUUGUGUCUGGAGAGUUUUGUUUUAGGUUGGAUCAAAAAAAUUCGCACGAAGUUUCUAAAAAGGUUCGCCACUUGUCAUAUAUGAGAGGAAAAUUUGAUACAUCUCCAAUAUUUGAGCCAUUAAAAGGAGUUAAGUAUUUGCGUACCUUCUUUCCAGUGUCUUUACCACCACAUUAUAGUUGGAAUGGUGGAUAUGUAAGCAAUAAGAUUCUAGAUGAUUUAUUGCCAGCACAAAAAUGUUUACGGGCAAUUUCAUUAUCAAGAUAUAUGAAUAUCACUCACUUACCUGAUUCCAUUGGUAACCACAUGCACUUGCGCUACAUUGAUCUCUCUUAUACGCCAAUUAAAAGGUUACCAGAUACAGUGUGUACUCUCUACAAUUUACAAACUCUAUUGUUGAAAGGUUGUUCUUCUCUUGUUGAAUUGCCUGCAGACAUGAGGAAAUUGAUUCAUUUGCGUCAUCUUGAUAUCGGUGGAACUAAAAUAAAAGAGAUGCCGGUGCAUAUGGGUAGACUAAAAAGUUUGAGAACACUGACAGCUUUUGUGUUGGGGAAAUCUACUGGGUCAAGCAUUGCAGAGCUGAGGGAGUUGUCGCACCUUGGAGGAAAAAUUUCUAUCUUGAAUCUGCAAAAUGUAGUCGGUGCUAUUGAUGCCUUGCUGAAGGAUAAGAAAGAUCUCAACGAGGUAGAGUUGUCAUGGGGUCGUGUGGUUUCCAAUGAUUCCGUAAAAGAGAGAUAUGUGCUCGAAAGACUUCAACCUGCGGUAAAUUUGGUGAAGCUAACCAUCAGGUUUUAUGGCGGAAUCAGUUUCCCGAAUUGGGUGGGAGACUCGUCCUUCUCCAACUUACAAGUGAUGCGUCUCAGCGACUGUGGUAAUUGCAGUUCACUGCCACCAGUUGGUCAGCUACCUGCUCUGAAAGAGCUCUACGUAGAAAGGAUGAAAGUUGUUAAGAGUGUUGGUGGUGAGUUGUACGGGGGAAAUCAACCAUUUCAAUGUUUAGAGAAGCUAGAGUUUCGGGAGAUGCCAGAGUGGGAGGAAUGGCAGCCUAGUCCAAGUGGAGGUGAAAGUCCAGACUUUCCUCGUCUUAAGGAGCUGAGGUUAAGUUGGUGUCCGAAGCUGAGAGGAGACCUGCCCACUCAUCUUCCUUCCUUGAAAACACUUGAUGUGUACAAUUGUGAGGUUCUACAUGAAAACAGGGCCAGUAAUACCCUGAACAGGGAUUCCUUACGAGGAUCUCUUGAAAAACUGACAAUACGGCGAUGCCCGGGUCUCUCAUUGUUACUAGAGUCGACGGAGACGCUGCCGUCGCUUCAGAAGCUUGGUAUUGAAUUUGUUGGUGGGAAAGAGUGGUCGGCGCAAAUGAUGCACAACGCUAAUCGUCUUCAAAGUUUGACUUUAUAUGAAUGUUCCUCAGUCUUGUCGUUCCCUACAAAUGGUCUGCCCACCACGCUGACGUCACUCCGUAUAGUAAAUUGCAAGAAAUUAGAAUUUCUAUCAGGUGAGAUGAUGGCCAAAUUGACUUCCCUUCAGUCUUUGCAUCUAUCCGAGAGCUGUGAUUCUCUGAGGUCGUUCCCUUUGGGCAUUUUCCCCAGCCUUUCAUCUCUUCGUAUAAUGCGUUGUCAGAAUCUGGAAUCUCUUUCAGUUGAAGGAGGAGCAGAUGAAAAUCUCAACUCCCUGGAUGUCAGGUACUGUCCAAAUCUUGUCUCUUUUCCCGACGGGGGAUUGCCCACUCCCAACCUCACUUUCUUUCAUGUCUACAACUGCGAGAAUUUGAAGUUGUUGCCGGGCCGAAUGCACACCCUCACCGCCCUUCAAAGGUUAUUGAUAGGCAGUCUUCCAAAUCUUGUCUCUUUUCCUGACGGAGGAUUGCCCACUCCCAACCUGACCUACUUUUCAGUAGACCAUUGCGUGAAUUUGAAGUUGUUGCCGGACCGAAUGCACACCCUCACCGCCCUUCAACAUUUGUCGAUAGAGUGUCUUCCAAAUGUGGUGUCAUUUGCACAAGGGGGUUUGCCUCCCAACCUACAAACAUUAUCUAUCGUUAACUGGGAUCUGGUGGAGACGUUGCUCAAUGAACAACUUCUCCCUGCCACUCUUCGCACUCUCGAAAUCUCUGAUGUAUCGAAUCUGAAAUCUUUGGACGGAAAGGGAUUUGAGCACCUCACUUCUCUUCAACAGCUACAAAUUUCAGGCUGCGAGAGUCUCAAAUUCCUGCCAAAAGAGGGUUUGCCGGCAUCUCUUUCUUAUCUGAGGAUCCGGGGCUGUCCUUCUCUGAAGAAGAGGUAUGGGAACAAGAAGGGAAAAGAUUGGAGAAACAUAGCUCGCAUUCCUUGCAUAAACAUAGAUGAUGAAAUCACCAUCAUAUGAGCUUUCAUUUCACUCUCUCCAACUCUCAACUCUCAAGACAAAAGCCAGGAGAGUGCGAGGGGAGUGAAUUAUUUGUAGUCUGAUACUGUGGAACUACUUGGAGUCGAUAUAUAUGAUUCUCCUGCAUGAGAAGAGCGAGCAAGCAAACCUGUAAAGAUGGGAUUAUCAAAUGGUGCUCUGAUUUUCUGGACCGUCAAUUUUGAAAUAUUUUGGAUGGAAAUGGACUUUCAACACCUCCCACUCUCGCAAUUCCUUCCAGGACAGGGACCUCUAGACCUCAGCUCUCUUGAACAGCUAUAUAAAGAUUGAAUGUAUGUGGGACUUCGUCGGUCCAGAGAGAAAACUAUUGAACUGUGAAGAUAGGAUUAUCAGAGGGAAAACGAUGUUAGCUUACAUCAACCACUCAGCUGCAUACACAUAUUUUUGUCUACAAACACCAUGGAUGAAGAGAGCAGGGCUUAUUGGCACCAACUCUCUCCAACUCUCUACUCUCCAGACAAAGCCAGCACCACUUAACUGUGUUUGGACGAAUGCCAGUACAUUGCGUUACUAUACAAGGAGGCUGGUUGUUCCACUACAGAUUUCACCAGAAGGAUGCAUCAAUCUUCGGUUGAACACUGAUGAUUUGUAAAUUGGGAAUGGCAUAUCCCCCUUGGAGAAUUUCAGAUCAGGGGAAGUGAGGAUCUGUUGGAGACAUUGAUCAAACAACAGCGGCUCUCUUCCUCUCGCACCAUCUGGACAAUCAAGUUUGAAAUCUGUGGAUCAAAACACCACGCACUCUCGGAAUUCCAGCCUGGAGAAGGACCUCAGCAGCUAUGCAUCAUCGAUUGUCUUGCAUUCUUGCCAGAAGAGGAUUUGCCGCCAUCUCUUUCUUUUCCGAGGAUCACCAAAAAGUUUGUUCUUCUCUGAACAAGAGGGCUGGUUUCCCUGUUUAUCCCUCUUUGGAGCUGUUCAUCAAUGGCGAAUGGUUUAGGCUGCCUGAACUUCCAACUUUCAGCUAUUACUUUCAAAGUGGAGAUGAACCUCACUAUCCAAGUCCUUACAACUUCUCUCGUGUAAUCGUUUGUACCUUUUCUUUUCCAUAUUUUUGUUAAAGAUUUGUGGUGGAGGUAAAUAGACUUGGUGGCUAGCUGCUGCGCCUACAGAUUUCAGUUACAUUGCGUUAGUAAACAAGGAGGCUGACAAGGAUGCUGACAAGGAUGCUGGUUGCUCCUCUACAGAUUUCACCACAAAUAUAUAUCGAUCUUCGGUUGAACACUGAUGAUUUGUAAAUUUGGAAUCGAGCUGUGCUAUGUCUCCCUUGGAGAAUUUCAGAUCAGGGGAAGUGAGGAUCUGUUGGAGACAGUGCUCAAACAACAGCGGCUCUCUUCCACUCACACCAUCUGGACUAUCAAGUUUGAAAUCUGUUGAUCAAAACACCACGCACUCUCAGAAUUCCUGCCCAGAGAAGGACCUCAGCAGCUCUGCAUCAUUGAUUGUCUUGCAUUCCUGCCAGAAGAGGAUUUGCCGCCAUCUCUUUCUUUUCCAUGGACCAUCAAAAUGUUUGUUCUUCUCUGAACAAGAGGUGUGCAAAGAAUAUGAAUGGAAAAGAUUGAGGCAAUAUACUUCAAUUCCUUGCAACUUUCAUUGAUGGAAAUCAAAGUUGGAACUUUGAACCGCUUUUUUUUUUUUUUUUGGUUAAUUUUGUACUUAAAACUUUCAGCAGGGCUGGUUUCCCUGUUUAUCCCUCUUUGGAGGUGUUCAUCAAUGGUGAAUGGUUUAGGCUGCCUGAACUUCCAACUUUCAGCUAUUACUUUCAAAGUGGAGAUGACCCUCACUAUCCAAGUCCUUUCAACUUCUCUCGUGUAAACGUUUGUACCUUUUCUUUUCCAUCUUUUUGUUAAAGAUUUGUGGUGGAGGUAGUUUCGAAUCGUU